AUUUCCCAUUUGUCAUUACUGAUUAUUUGUAACGUUUUAUUACUAUAAUUAAUAUUAUUAUAGUACACAUAGAAAGUUUCUUAUUUGAAUUUAAUGGUCAAGAAAAGGUUUCCUAUUAGUCCUGCUAAACUUUUUGCCUUACCCUUUCUUUCUCUCUCUUUCUAUGUGUAAAUAUAUAUACAAUAACAAAUGCCUUUUCUUGAAGCCAUGACCUAUAACCCUUGCUUGUUUGAAUCUUCAUCUCUCUCUCCUUUUUUUUCUUCUUCUUCUUAUUCUUUCAUAUCAUAACAUAUAUUCUUCUUGUACAUGGGUUUGCUUUUGCUUCAAUUUUACAUCUUCCUUAUUUGACUCAAAACAUUUCUUCUUCCUCUUUCUCUAUAUAUAUUUGGAUUGAUAAGAGUGUUUUUUGAUAUUAACCAUGGAAAAGCAAAAUUUUGGUACCAAUAAUAAUGGUGGCCUUAAAUUACCUAUUGGAUACCGAUUUUGCCCCACAGAUGAAGAACUUUUACUACACUAUUUGAAGAGAAAGGUUCAUGCUUUGCCAUUACCUGCUUCAGUAAUUUCAGAAUUUGAUGUUUUCCAAACUGACCCUUGGGCUUUACCAGGUGAUGUGAAGGAAAAAAGGUACUUCUUUUGCAACUAUAGAAAGAUGGAUAUUUUGAAUAAUAAGAUGUGCAAGAGAGUAAAUUCUGGUUGUGGGUUUUGGAAACCUGUUGUUAAUAAAGACAAGUUGAUUGUGGCUUCAGAGUUUAAUAACCAAGCAAUUGGUGUUAGAAAAACUUUGGUGUUUUGUGGUGGAAAACGCCUAUUACAAGACUCAAAAACUCGUUGGUUCAUGCAUGAAUAUUAUUUUGUUCGUUCACAAACUAUCCCCAACUCCAACUCACUCCAUCAGAUGUCUCAGCUACAAAUGAAUUGGGUUGUUUGCGGAGUGUUUCAGAAGAAGAGAAAGCUUAAUAUUAAUAAAAAUAAUAAUAAUAAUUAUAAUAAACAAAAGAAGAGAAAUCAGUUGAUUUUGAUUAGUGAUGAGGGUUCACCUAGACCUUCAUUCUCAUGUUCAAGUGGAGUUACUGAUCAAGAAGAUGAUCAAGAAGAAAGCAGUACUGCCCACAUUAUUAGCUAUAAUAAUAAUACUAAUAAUAAUGGUUCAAAAUCAUCAUUCAAUAGUACCAGACAGCCUAAUUAAUUAGAAUUUGUUUAGUGAUAAUAAUUAGGUACUUUGUUAUGCAAAAGAAUUAUUAUUAUUUGUAUUAAUUUCAAAUUAAGGCAUUUUAAUUAACCUUUGUGAUCAAGAGCUCAAUUAUAUAUAAUGAUGAGAUUGUGUUUUUCUUUUAACCAAAUUAAUCUAUGUAUCUCAUUAUUAUAUUCUUCUAUGCUUUUUUUUUAUUUUCUUUUUUUAGUUUUAUAUCUAAUAAUUCAAUGUGUAAAGACAUAAUGUAUAAUCAUGGUGGUGAGAGAUAGAGAAAGAUUGUGUCACUUAUUGUUUUUGUUUUUCUUUUGAGUAUCUUAAACUUUUAUUAUUAAAAA